CUCCUUUAACUUAGUGAAAAUGUUUAGUUUGUAUAGGCAAAUUAUUGUGUUUUAAUAGGAACUAGCAUAUGGUUUGAAGUUGCUGGGUGAAACAGUUAUCCAUCUGUUUUGAUUCGGUUAACCCAGCAUUGGGUUGGUACAAUAGUUACCCAGUGUUUGGGUUAAAAAUACCCCCAUUUUUUUUCCAGAAUUUAUAUAAACACCAUAGAACCAAUGGCUUCCCGCCAAGACUUGACUAUGAUAGGGUGACUAGACGUCCCCGGUUUCCGUUUACAAACAUAAUAAUAUUACACUGUUUUGGAGGUGUUUACGUGUCUGAAAAUGUCCACAGAUUUUGUCUCAGAAAUAUGGUCACCUUAUAGAUAGACAAUGAUAUAAAAACAACAUAAAAAAAAAAAAGAAUAUAAAUUUGACAAAGAUUCGAUUCACCAGCUGUUGCCACCCGAUUCCAUAAGCUCAGUGAAAUAACCCCGUUCAAUGAAACGGUUUUUGGCCUGACCGUCAACACUAUGCAGAGGCACAGCUCUGGGCCUAUGCAUCCAAACUCUAAAGAUGGAGGGGAUAUGAUGUACAAACACAGAAAGAAAAUCUCAAUCAUGAGGCAACCAAUUAAACUCGCAGGAAAACAUUUCUAGAAUGCUAUACACAUUCUGUCGACACACAAAUCAAUGGCACGAGAAGCUUUUUUGGCGGCACAUCUCAAAGCUAAGCAAAUUGGAGCAUUACUCUGGUCUAGAACAGCUGACUAUUUUUCCUCAGUAACGUUAGCUCAGGUUGAGGUUAAGGCAUUGGACAGGAAACUUAAUCGUAGACAAAAUAGCUAGUUAAUUGCUUUUUAAAACUUUAGCACAGGAAAACAGCCGUAACCUAUACAUUUGCAAGUUUUGUAGAGCUCAGGACAAUUACCUGGAAAUGUUGUCUGUGACUGGGGAACACGUUGCAAAUAGACGAUGCCAACGCAAAUCCAGAAAGCAACAACCUUACUCAAGGACAAUAAUUACCAGGAGUCAAUGUAGCGCUUCUCAGGGCUUCUUUGAAAGACUUCCUUCAGAAGUAUUUGAUUUGAUUUUGGACCACCUGACUGUGAUUGAUAUUAGUGUAUUGAGUAUGAUAUCAAAGGCCAUCAGCAACUAUAUUGUGAGGUAUGUGUCCACAUUGUCCUGGAAGAACAAAAUGGUUUUGUGGAAGUUUCACCAUUACAGCUCACCAAAAGAGGAGCUCUCUGCCUGCAGUCAUUACAGAUCUCUUGGUUUGCUCUUCAAGAGGUGUACCCUUUUAUUACCCACGAAAGACAGAUUGAAGUUUAUGAGUCGCAGGUUAUCACAGGUUCCUUGUUUUACCCUGGAUCAGUGUACAUCAACAUCUGGGUGCCUGGGCUUUGCGUGUUACGGAAUGUUCCUACAGACCUUAAUAGCUGGAUGGGAUGAACUGGAGUGCCACCGUGUGUUCAACUUCUUGUGUGAAAUAACCAACUUAACUCGAAAGAUUGAGACAGUUGUCACAAGCAAGCCAGGAUCCUCUCCCCACCUGGAGCAGCAGAUCCGCUGCUUCUGCCGAAAUGUGCUGCUGGACCCACGGCAGACCCGCCAGGACACGCUCUUCUGGCUGACCUGCAUCCUUAAGCCCUGGCCCAUGGUGAGCCAGGCCCGCCUGCUCUUCAUCCUCUACGGGCCUCUCCAGUCCAACGGAAAACUUGGGUGGCAAGAUGUGUGUGUGGGACUUGUGGCCCAGUGCAGCUUGUGGGACCUGGCCAAAACGAUCAUCUUACUGUACAGCGAUGCAGACACCAAGGACUGGACAGCAGACACUGUACUUGGCAUUGUAGAUGAGAUGGCGGUCUUACCGCAGCCCUGGUACCUGGAGAACAUGGCACGACUACUCAUCCUGUGUGGAAACAACAUCUGCUACAGCGUACUAGCCAGCAAAGCCAUCAAUGGAAGACUCUUUGACAUUUCUCAACUUCUUGUUUUUAUUAUCCUGGUGUCUGAGAAGGAUGGCUACUGUAUGAGCUGGGCAGUCAAGAUGAUGCAACAGCUCUGCAAUGUGUUCCCCGGGGCCCCAGAGAAGUGGUCCUUCCUUCAGAGUAUGGAGAACAUGCUGUCCGAAGUCUCCAUGGAGAUGUAUGAGCUCAUUGUGUCAGGCAAUCGCAAUGAGAACCAAGACACCUUUCAGAACCUGUGCAGCCUCCUGAACGCCUGUGCCCACUUCCACACUGAGAUCAUUUACAUGUUCAUGAAGCAGGGCUGAGGUUCAUGGCACAUUUCUCUUCGGGAUGCAAUGAAUCACUCGGACUCCUUGCUACAUGCCUCCAGACAAAGUAGGGUCAUAACAAUGGCUCUUUGGGCUGUAGCUCUGAGCUUACAUAAAAAUGAAAGCAAAUUGUUUUAAUACAUAGUGUAACCAUCAAGACUUAUAUAUGCUGUGUUUGGAACAUUUGUAAUGAAAUAUUUGGAACAUAUUUAAAUGUGUUCUUUGUUAUAUAGUAUGUAUAUUUAUUGAAAUAAAUGAUGUAGGUGUACAUAUAUGUUAAAUAUUUAUAUAUAUAUUCCAUUUAUUUGUUAAAAUGUUUCUUUGCAUUAUGUUCAUAUUUGUCACCAUUUAUCAUUUUUUGCUUCAGCUGCUUGUUUUUCUUUAGUUAGCUGUAUGUCUGACUCAUGUUGUUUGGAACUGUAUUUCUUGACUUUGUGAAGUCAUGUUUAAGACAAAUAUUAAAACUUUGUAUGUUGAGACAGAUAAAGUUUUGAAGUUUAUAACAUGUUACAGCAUUUUUGGACAGACAGCAUUGUUCUCUGAGAGGAAUGUUUGCAUAGUGUCCUUUGAUAGUUUUGUGUCAAAGCAGGGAGAGAAGCAAAAAGAACCCCAAACAAAAAACAGCAU